UGCGUGGUUAACCUAUUGCCGGGUACAAGUCAGUGUUUUUAUCUUCCCGCACUAGUCUGUUACCAAUUAAGCGACCAAAGAAAGAUGGAAGCAAAUACGAUAAACAAAAUUGAUCGGGGAAGAAUGCAAUCGGUGUUUCGUGCCGCAAUUUUCAUUUGGUCUGAUCUUGUAUUUCAGUUGAAAUGCUGCGGAGCCUCAGGAUGUUCUGACUAUUCGAUUUUCGGCUUUUAUCCGAACUCUUGCCGUUGCUCAACCAAUCCGGGAGAGGUGAGAUCUUUCACCGCUGAUCUCAAUUGUAAUUCCACUACUCACGUUUACCUCUCGCUUUUUGAUCGGGAGAAAUGUCAUUUCUCACAAAACCUAUGCAGAUUGUUCAAUACAGUGAUUGUUUUCUACUAUUUACGUUUGCAUGCUUCUCACAGAAAUAAAAAGGUGUCCAUUAUAAUCAAGUUGUCUUAA